CGAGUAUUGUCUCUGCUGCUCGCUCGGGUGGCGUGGCCGCAACGAGCACGAGGCGGCCGUCGUGUUGUUUUUGAUUCUUUUUAGUUCUUUUAGUGUCGUAGUUUCUCGUUCGCAGAAGUAAAACAGGGAGAUAGGUGGAAAAAAAUGGUGCGGAUUUUGGAAACUAUCGGUUGGCAGGAAGUGAAAACCGAAGUGGGCAAGUACUACUGGUGCGAAAAAGAAGAAAGGUGUCAGUCAAAACCGCCACUGUACGAAGUUCUUGGCCUGCUCUCCGCGCCGAGCUCGGAUGGAGCACACACAAGACACCAGAUAUUCAAAGCGUAUAAAAAAUGUAGGCCACGGUGUGUGUAGUAUGCCUUUUGAGCAGUUGCAGUUCAACUUGAAUUUUAAUGCUCGAUGAAAAUCAAAAUAUAAAUAGCUCGAGCUCCUGACACACAGGCAACAUGACGAUGUGUAUUAGAAUUGAUGCUGUUGCCUGCGUUUUUAACUUUACCCGAAAGGAAACUGGCAACUUAAACUUUCAGAUACCAAGAGAAGCUAGCUGAAUUUGGGGAGGAUACAGGGUCGAAGGAUCUGCUGCUAGAAGCCUACACAACCCUCACAGACGUCGAAGCCAGAGCAGUUUACGAUUGCAGUAUUUUUCUUUGCGUCGUCUUCGAGGAUUCACGACUCAGAUAAAUAGUGAUACAUACUUAGAUUGUUGCUGAUGCAUCACGCUUGAUACUGAAAGAACGAGAAGUGCGUCAAAGCUGAAUGCAACAAAGGAAGAUUCAAAACGAAAAAUAAGGCACAACGUCGGAAGCCGCACGGAAUGCCGCGGCAGGCUUGACCGCUCGCCACCUGAGCACGAUAAAAUGCGAACCGAUCUACGUACCCCCCGAAGAGACGCCCGCACCUGAGGAGGGUGGAUAGGGUUUUCAAACUGAUGUUUGCCAUGAUGAGACGGUGUCUAUGCCUUCGCCUACCUCCUCCCAUGGUUCAUCUUCAGAGUCAGAGACAUGGCCAUGGGUAGAAGCAAAACGAAGCUAGCCAAUGUCGGUUUACAGUGCGCAUUCCGCAUAGUUGUAGCUACUUGCGAUAUAUAGGACAUCAUCCUGGUGCUGGUCCUGCCACUGCCUAUAUCAGAGUCUGUCUCGUCUCUGGUGCAGAUCCAGCAUUUGCGCAUGACAGGACGCAUCAACAUUAUUUGAUGAUGUUCCGUGGUGCGUUGACUGGAAUCAUGACUGGUGUUCAUCGGUUGUAGUACAAAUGCAUUCGUCCAGCUGAAGCUGAAGAAGUUUCUGGCAAUUGGCAAAGUUAAAGUCGAC